AUACCACUUUAUAUAUAUUUUCUUCUUCUUCUUCUUCUUUUUAAUUAUCUAUCAAACCAGUAUGGAACCCACAAUUACAGAGGGAAACAAGCCAACUAUCCAUCUUCCUCUCUUAUCGCACUUACCGCCCGUCAUUCCGCCAACUUCGUAUCUAAACUUCCUAAAGACCUGGUGGAAGAGAAACGACAAAACCUCGGCUAUUGCUGAGAGACGUCUCCUUCACUUCCUUUACACCGGUCCGGAAUCAUAUAGCUCUUUCCCAAAACCCACCCCGCUUAUCGGCCGAAUUCUUAGAGUCAACCUGGACUCACCAGGCACCAACACAACCAAGGUCGACAAAAGCAAGGAAAGAAUCGUCAAUACCUUUCAUCUCUUUUCUGCGCCAAAUCCACUCCCUGACCAGCCGAUGUUCAAGCAUGAACCAGAGACCGGAGAUAUAAAGUCCUCAAUCGAAGAGGCAUCCGAGACAUCUACAAAGAACUUGGUCGUAUGUCAUGGAUACGGUGCUGGUCUUGGAUUCUUUUACAAGAAUCUUUUUUCAUUUGGACAAGCACCUGGCUGGCAAGUAUUUGCAGUUGAUUGGCUGGGUAUGGGAAGAAGUUCUAGGCCAAAAUGGACCUUUUCACGCAAAUCUAAUGAAUCCUGGGACGACAUUGUUGAUGAUGUUGAGGAUCAUUUUGUCGAAUCCUUAGAAGAGUGGCGUAAGAAGGUUGGGCUGGAGAAGAUGACUUUGAUGGGCCAUUCUCUCGGCGGAUACUUUUCUUCAUGCUAUGCAUUAAAGUACCCUCAACGUGUAGAAAAGCUGAUACUUGUAUCACCAGCUGGAAUCCCAGAGCCGCCACCAGGAGUCGAACCCACCAAACAAUUACCAAACAAAUCACCAAAAGAACAACUAGAUGAAGGAGCUAAUCAGCUCAAUGCUUCUUUACAAGCACAGGCCGUCGACGUUAAUAUGAAUCCCGAUGAACCCGCUACCGAAGCCUCGCCACAGUCACCCCCGAUACAGGCCAGAAAGAUGCCAGGCUGGGCAGUGUAUCUCUGGAAUAAAAAUAUAACCCCUAUGAGUCUAGUUCGUUUUGGUGGACCAUUAGGAGCAACGCUUGUGAAUAGCUAUACAUCCAGAAGAUUCGCUCACUUGGAAACAGAAGAAAGGCAUUGCUUGUAUGAUUAUCUUUAUAAUAUCACAUCUUCUACUGGGUCGGGAGAAUAUGCUUUGGCAGCCGUAUUGGCUCCUGGUGCUUAUGCUCGUAAACCCUUGUUCCACAGACUAGCCAAUCUCCAGAUGCCAGUUGUCUUUAUAUAUGGCGAACAUGAUUGGAUGGAUUAUAAAGCGGCGAAUCGUGUGGCAGAAAUCAUGAAGGUGCCUGUUAAAGUCAUUCUAGUACAGCAUGGAGGUCAUCAUAUGUAUAUCGAUAACCCAGAAGAAUUUAAUGAGGAAGUUGCAAAGGAAAUGCAAUAGAAGGAGUGUUAUCCUAUUUACUAUUUCCUACAUAUCAUUAUUGUAAGAGAGAGAGAGAAGAACUAAAGAAAAAACCUACCAAGAAGAAUACUCUUCUUUAUUAGUUUUUUUCUAUCUUUCUUUAUGUAUAUUAUACAAAAACACAUACACUCAAAAAAAAUUGAUUGCGCCUCUAGAUAUAAAUCAUUUUUAUUCGUUUCUUGUUUUAUUAACACGCAUAACCAAAUAAAUAAAUAAGUAAAUCAAAUAUAUGCAAUGUG